AUGCAACUCCUUUCGUGUUUCGUGGUGGUCGCUGUUGCGCUUUCCAGUACCGCGAAAGCAGGAUAUAUUCCUCAUGGCCACGCCUCGAGCUACGCUUCCGUGGUGCAGCAUGACGUUGUGCCUCAUCACGGCGGUUACUUGGGUCCAGUAAACUACGUGGCCUACGGUGGCCACGGAGAGGAUCAUUAUGUGGAGGAACCACAUCACUACCCGAAAUAUUCAUUCGACUAUGGUGUUAAGGACUCACACACUGGCGAUCACAAGAGCCAAUGGGAGCAUCGUGAUGGUGAUCAUGUGAAGGGUGGUUAUACUCUGGCCGAGGCUGACGGCACUACACGCGUUGUGGAAUACACAGCUGAUGAUCACAAUGGCUUCAAUGCCGUAGUAAAGAAGAUCGGACAUGCGUACCAUCCUCAAGUGUACAAUACACAUAAGGAAGCCUACGGCUACGGUGGUCAUGGACAUUAUCCCCUUGGGCAUGGCAGCAGUUAUAAUAAAUUUUAUAAUUCAAGGAUGCAAUUAUUUUUCUGUGUAACCAUCGCCGCUUUUGCUUUGUUUGGAGUUGCUUUAGCAGGAUACAUUCCGCAUGAACAUGCCUCCAGCUACGUUUCAUUGGUGCAACAUAAUGACGCUCACGGAUAUGGCAGCUCUGGUGGGGCGGAUAGCGACGACCACGAACACCAUGAACCUCAUGACUACCCCAAAUACGAAUUCGAUUAUGGUGUAAAGGACUCACAUACUGGUGAUCACAAAAGUCAAUGGGAGCAUCGCGACGGUGACCACGUAAAGGGCGGUUACACACUAGCGGAGGCCGAUGGUACCACGCGCGUCGUGGAGUACACGUCAGAUGGUCACAAAGGAUUUAAUGCCGUCGUAAAAAGGAUCGGUCAUGCCCACCAUCCUCAGGUGUAUCAUCACGGUCACGAUCACUCUGGCGGCUAUUAAAUGAAGUAAAUCUUUUCUUGACUUGACUUGAAAUCCGCUGUUUCGGUUAUGAGAAUCUCCCAUUCGUACAACAUAAAAAUGUACAUAUAUCGAUUAAGUUUAUUUUUUUGAUUUACUGCUUAUGCUAAUUUAGUUUGUUGGUAUAUAAAAUACAUUUAGACGGUUAAAAAAGGCCAAGCUGU